CCCUGACGUGCAGGCCAGCAGCCCCAUGGAGACACAGGGUCUGAUACGAGGACUCAAGUUCCUUGAGGACUGCAACAUCAAUGUGGCAUUACUAACUGCCGGCCGCGAUCGAGCCAUUAAAAACGACAUGCGAGAUGUCAGAUCCAACAUCAAGCACUACUUUGAUGUCUGGCAUGUAUCAAAAGGCACCCCGCAAUCUGGCUCCUCGAGCCCGCAGGGAUUCGGCUUUUAUAAACGUUUCGUUGGGACUCACGGAUCGGGAAGGUUCCGUUACCUGCGAAGCCCUGCGGAGCGAACACUGCUGAACUGGGUGCUGUUUUGGGUUGUGAUGGCUGGCGUUGCAAUUUUAAUCAUGCUGUUUCUCCUCAUUAAGGUGAACCAACAUCCCGUGAUCGACGAAAAGAUGGAAGAGAAGCUGCGUAUAUACCGCAGAAACGCAGAGGAAGCCUACUCAUCGUUUGACGAAGUAUCGCGUCAUAUCAUCAAUGAGACAGACAGCAAUCAGAUACGAGACAUCCUCAAGUCCUUGAUAAGUGCCGGUGGUAAACCGAUGAAGACAGUGGAGUACGUGAAAAAGUUGUGGUCGACACACGGUCUGGACAUGAUGGAGUUGUUCAGUUAUAACGUGCUCAUGAGUGUUCCAGACCCAGCAAACGAAAACAAGGUAGAGUUGUACAAGAAUGGUGCUCUGUCCUUCACUGCUACGAAUAAGGAAGUUGGUGGCAGCCACAUGGGCCCUGCCUUCUACGCGUAUUCGGCAGCUGGAGAUGUCAAGGAUACAUACGUCUACGUAAAUUACGGAACGAUGGCUGACUACGACCUCCUCAUGUCAAGCGCGAUCGACGUGGAAGGAAAGAUUUGCAUCGCACGUGUGGGAAAAAUAUCGCGUUCAAAGAAGGCACGAAAUGCAGAAACUAUGGGAGCAGUUGGACUAGUCCUGUUCAUGGACCCUAACGACGUCGGACCCCAAGCACGUGGAGGACGACCCUUUCCGGACUCCUGGUGGGUUGGAGGGAGCGCCUUGCAGAGAGGCAGCGUCGCGUACGUCGCCGGGGAUCCCUCAACACCCGGUUACCCUUCUAAAGCUGGAAUGUACAGAGUGCCUGCCGACAACAUGACGGCACCGAAGAUUCCGUGCCAGCCCAUAGGUUAUGAUGACGCCAGAGCUAUUCUCCAGGAGAUGAACGCGCACGAGUGUCCGGAUUCGUGGAAGCCCAAGCUGGAAAUCCCGUGUUACGUCGAAGCACCUCCCACCGUAAUGCUACGGAUCGCUGUGUACAACCAGCUCCAGAGCACCGAAAUAACAAACAUCGUCGGGACCAUCAACGGCAGACGGGAAGCAGAUCGCCUUGUAAUUGUGGGCCAUCACCGGGACUCAGUCGGCAAGGCAUCAGCGUCGGACCCCCUACUGGGCGUCAGUCAGCUCCUGGAAGUGACCCGUGUCUUCGGAACCCUACGCUUGAAAGGGUGGCGACCACUACGCACAAUGAUGUUUUCACUUUGGGAUGGUGAAGAACAAGGCCUGCUCGGUUCCACGGAAUGGGUCGAGGACCAUAUGGCUACCCUAAGGUCACGUGCUGUCCUCUACAUCGGCGCGGAUGUGCUCUCCGGAGACCAGUUCCGCCCUAGGUCCUCCGCGGCUGUAUCGGCGUCCAUUCGCCGUUCAGCUUCAAUUAUUCCACAUUACAAAGACAAGGAUCACACUCUGUUGACCGCAUGGACCGCUGAUCCGAAGGUGAAGAAGAACAGGAACUCUAUGCCCCUCCCAUGGCCGAUUAUCGGACGUUCAGACGACGCAGCCUUUGUGUUUAGCGCUGGAGUCCCAACAGCCUUCAUGCAGUUCACGCGUCGACCGGGCAGCAUCAAUCAAUACCCCGCGCAGCACACAGGGUACGACACGUACGAAAUGGUGGAGAAGUACGUGGACCCCGGCUUCCGUAUCAGUCAAAUGUCUGCGCGGAUGAUUGCUAGCCUGGCCCGCCAGUGGGCCGACCGUUCACUGCUGCCUUUCGAACUCCGUGAGCUUUCCAACACCAUCCGGAAUUCAUUGGACGCCUUUGCCGUCAAAUACAAGGGCACCAUGAAAACCCAUAACCUCAACAUAGCUGCGCCACUCCAGGCUGUUGAAGAGUUUCAGCAGUGGACAGAAAUAUUCAUGAAUUGGACAAGAGAAGUGGACAUGAUGAACCCCAUUAUUAUUCGUGUGGCGAACGACAUGAUGAUCAGAGUCGAGAAGGCGUUCAUCAGCCCAGGUGGAAUUCCAACGAGGGACGUUACCGUAAGAAACCUGGUCUACUCUCCAGACGGCUUCAUGUUUCCCGGACUUGUGGACGCGAUAACGCGAAUACCCGUCAACGUCGACGCUUUUGGACGCCAGGCCGCUUUACUGACAGAAGUGUUGUGCCAAGCUACUAGUAACCUCCGUGUUUCUCCCAUUUAGCUGUGUCAAUAAAAAUCGUAUACAUCGCUCA